AUGAGUCAAGGACCUGCCUCGCCCGAUGCUUCUGCUGGUCCCAAGAAGUCGCACAUCACCACUCCACCUUCUGGUGCUGCCAAGGAGUCGAACUAUGUCCGCCCUUCAGGCUCUCCACCUGUCUGGGUUCAGGAGCAGACACCCCUCAGCUUCAACAAGCAAGCUCGUGCUCAAAAUGACGACCACUCUUUUGAGACUUUCAUGGGAGCCAAUGCGAUCCUGAGCGGUAUGAACCCCGACCACUACUCGAUGCCCUACGGUGUAAGUAAAAGUUCGCAUAUCUCCCCCACAUCAUCCAACUAA